UUUCUCUUAGCCGUUGUUGCAGAAGUGAGAAAAAGGACGUUUGAAAAAGAAAGAGAGAUGGUGGGAGAAGGAUGGAGAAAGCUCACAGUUGUGCUGUUCAUCUUGUUAUCCCUUGCUUCCGGUUGGAUGGUGGCGGAGACGGAAGGAAGGGUUUGCUACAGGCCGAGCCCAAGGUUGAAGGGAGUGUGUAGUUCGAACGACGAUUGUAUUGCAGUGUGCGAUGGAUUUUGCUCCCAUGGAAAGUGCAUGUGUGAAGUCCCUUGCUGAUUAUGUAUGUAAUAUGUGGAACAAAGCUGUUUUGUUAAAUAAGCUGCUGCUGCAGCUGAA